AUGGAAGCAGCAGCCAUAGCGGAGGAGGAGCAGCCGCCACCGGUAGUGGCCACGAGCGCCGGCGAUAGCCAUGAGGGCCCCUACCGGCUCCGGCGAGUUCCCCAAUGGGUGCGCGACACUAACGAGGACGCGUACGCGCCCAAGUUCAUGUGCUUCGGGCCGUACCACUACUACAACAACCAUGGCGGCCUCCGCCACGAGGAGCUCAAGGAGCGGUACGCCGCUCAACUCCUGCAAGACGCCGAGCCUUUGCAGCAGGACGCCGAGCCUGAUGUCGUCGAGGCCAGGCGCGACCAGCUCCGGCGAACCUGCGAGCACAGGCUCAGAGAAAUGAGCAGUGACAUUCGCGAGUUCUAUGCCGAUCUUGGUUCCGUAGAAAUGACGACGGAAGCGUGGGUGAAGAUGAUGUUCCUGGAUGGGUGCUUCAUCCUCAAGCACCUGUACAACUAUGGGAAGGGCAUCAACGAAGAGGAGCUGCACCAGUCGAGGUGGGCACCGGUGCAGCUGCGCAGCGACCUCACUUUGCUCGAGAACCAGAUCCCCUUUGCCGUGCUGCUGGAGCUGUUCAAGCACCUGGCGCCACGGGACCUACCGCGCAGCGCUGACAAGAAGAAGAGGCGCAGGCUGCUGGACAUGGCUCUCUGGUACAUGUUCAGAGGGUCCUACUCCUUGCCCCAGGACAAGAGGCCCACGGACGAGCUGGGCGUGGACCCCGAGGUGCCAGUCGACCACCUGCUGCACCUGCUCCAUGUGGCACACUGUGCCCAGCUCGACGCCGCUCUCGGGCACCGACGACGAUCCCCGGAGAGAGACCUGCGGGGUUUCAUCUCCGCUCUGCCAAUCCGGCUGAUGAAGCUGCUGCGGUGCAUGUGCAUGUGCGACUGUGAGUCUGGCCAUGGGCAUCUGGAUCGCGACGGUGACAGCAAGGAGAACGUGCCGUCGGCCGCGGAGCUGACGGCCAUGGGCAUCUGGAUCAAGAGGGCGACGACGACGACGAUGGGGCCUGCUGGGCCUCGCCACGGCAGGGCGCUGCUCGACGUGCGCUUCAUGGAGGAACGCGUGAGGCUCGAGAUCCCGCCGCUGUACGUGGAGAAGACGACGGCGCCGCUGCUGCAGAACCUCAUCGCUUUCGAGCAGCAGGUGGGCGCCGACGACGGCGGCGACUACUGCACCACGUACGCCUUCCUCAUGUACAACCUGGUCAGCACGAGGGAGGACAUCACCCUACUGCAGAAUCUCCGCAUACUGCACAACAACUUUGGAAGCGAUAAAAAGGUCAUCAAUUACUUCAAGAACUUGUGUGUGUGGAACCGGCGAAGCGGAAAGACUCCCAUUGACGGUGUGCUGGAAGAUCUGAGGAAAUGUAGAGUGUUGCAUGUGUACCGUGAUUUGGCAGAGGUGAAGAAUUACAUCAACAGACCAGUCAAAAUACUUCUACUCAUCAUUUCUGCCAUGGUUGCGUUGUCCACAGUCAUGCAGGCUCUCAUGGCCAUCCGACCACCAACCGAGCACUGA